UCCUUCGUCCUUCGGUUUAUAUACAAACUCAGGUCCUCUCGUGUCAGUCUCAGCCCAAGAAAAAGAAAGGCCUUGUAUAUUUUCAUAAACACCACAGAGAGAGAGAGAGAGAGAGAGAGAGAGAGAGAGAUGGAGACGAAACAGUCAUCAAAGUUCAAAAGCAUAUGUGUCUUCUGUGGGAGCAGCCAAGGGAAGAAGAGCAGCUACAAGGAUGCUGCUAUCGAGCUCGGCAAAGAACUGGUAUCGAGGAAUAUUGAUCUGGUGUAUGGAGGAGGGAGCAUCGGAUUGAUGGGUCUUGUCUCGCAAGUCGUCUACAACGGGGGCCGCCAUGUCAUCGGCGUCAUUCCCAAAACUCUCAUGCCUCCAGAGAUAACCGGAGAGACGGUGGGAGAAGUGAAGGCGGUCGCCGACAUGCACGAGAGGAAGGCAGAGAUGGCUCGACGUUCGGACGCCUUCAUCGCCUUACCCGGGGGUUAUGGGACACUCGAAGAGCUUCUGGAGGUGAUAACCUGGGCCCAACUCGGCAUCCACGACAAACCGGUGGGAAUGUUGAAUGUAGAUGGGUACUACAACCCCUUGCUGCAAUUCAUCGACAAAGCAGUGGAGGAAGGUUUCAUUAGGCCCAAUGCACGCCACAUCAUUGUUACUGCCCCUAACGCCAAGGACUUAAUCAAGAGGAUGGAGGAGUAUUAUCCACGCCAUGAAAGGGUGGCUCCGAAGCUAAGUUGGGAGAUGGAGCAACUAACCUACUCUACAGCAUGCGAAAUCUCCAGAUGAAUGAGAAAGAAAAAGGAAGAAAAUUGUUAUAAAAAACAAACAAAAAAUCCUUGUGAAGUAAGGAAAUCAAUAGGAUGACUCGAGAAUUGUGGAAUUUUGUAACCUCAUUAUUUCUCUUGUAAAUUAAAAGUUGGCCUCAGGACAAUAGGCUGUAAUUUAGACCAUGCAUUUAUUUAGCAGUAAAUUUUUCUAAUCGCUCUAAGUAGGUAUAGGGAAAGAAUGUAACAUUUUGCAGGACAACUGUCAAUUGUUUCAAUAGUUUAAAUUAUUGUCGUUGAUGAUUA